AUGCCAUCAACCAAUUGGUGGCCUUGCUUCACCAGUACUGUUCCGACGGCGGUCGAUACCUUGAAGGGGGUCAUCGGAGAGAACGAAAGACUCAAGCGAAACAAAGCGAAGCUCCGAACCACAUGCGAUACGAAUAUUGAAGUGCUUUCUCGUUAUCAUACCAAGUUUGAAAGACAGAAAGCGGAUUUUGAGAAACAACUCAGGUCUCAAAAGGCACAGAACGAGGCAAUACUUAAGGGAAAACAAGCAGCCGAUGAAAACUUCUAG